AUGUGGGCGUUGAAUGAUGUGAACAUUGCAAAUACGUACGAAUCGAAUGAAUUUUGUAUGCCAGAAGAUUAUACCCUAUCGUCACAGAAUAAAUCAAUAAACAACGAAAAAUUCGCCCGGCGUAUAUAUAAUUGCGCUGACGCGGACAACAAACAAAUAAUAUUUAUUAUAAUUAUAUACAUAUAUUAUAAUAACGUGCGAUUUUUCGCGUUAUUCGCAGACGGAGACGACGAAUUUUUCAAAACGAGCAGUAUCGCGCCCGUUUCGCUGUUGGAGAAAAAGCGGGCGGGCCGGCCGCGCGGCACGAAGGCAAAACGGUCGAAAGCCGAGCCCAAGCUGAGCAGGAUAUGGGAGUUUAUCAGGGACCUGUUGUUGAAUUCGCAAUACUGUCCGACGUACAUAUGCUGGGAGAACUACGAGGAGGGCCGGUUCAGGUUCGUGCAGAGCGACAAAGUGGCGAAGCUGUGGGGCAAGUUCAAGCGCAACGAGCGGAUGAACUACGAGAAGUUCAGCAGGGCCAUGCGGUACUACUACAAGACCGGCGUGCUGUUGCCGGUGCAGGGCAAACGCCUCGUUUACAAGUUCGGCCCGAAGGCCACGGGGUGGCACACGGACAACCCGAAUUUCAAAAAGUAUACAUUUUAGACGUCCGGCGCCAAUCGUGAGUAUAAUACACUCGCGCCGUUCAUCGUCAUAUACCUCCAGUGGCGUGGCGAACACACACACAUAUAUAUAUAUAUAUAUAUAUAUAUGAGGUCCCAAACGGGCAAUUUCCCGCCGGUUUUCGUUUGCGUAUCAUCGCUGUUGUUAACUUUGACAUUAAAAAAAAUAAAAAUAUUAUGUAACAUAAUAUUAAGAAUAAAAAUGAAAAAAAGUGAUGUACACCCAAAGCGUAAGUUGUUUUCUAUGACUUUCGUCUUAAGAUUUACUCUUCUCUAAAUUUACUCACAUAAUACUAAAUUUUCAAAUAUUGCAUAAUGCAUAGGUAUAGUUUGAUAUUAUAA